GAUGACAUCGACGCCACCGUGAACCUCAUCGGCAAGGAGCUCGUCAAGGACGGCGUCACGUUCAUGGAGGUGGAUAAAUUCAACUUCGACUUUGAGACCAAGAAACUCCACCUCAACUUCCAGAACCUGUUCAACGGCAACAAGGACCUGGGCACGCAGAUGAACACCUUCCUAAACACAAACUCGGCCGAAGUGUUGAAGGAGCUCAAGCCCAGUGUCCAGGAGGCGUUCGGCAUGGCCUUCGGCGAAAUCAGCAACCGCAUCUUCAAGAAGGUGCCCUACAACAAGAUCUUUGUCUAGAAGACGUGACUGCCAAAACCACCCACCCUAACCCAAAAAGAAAUAGGAGAGAAGGAAAAUGUCCUCCCGAGGGCGAUCCACGGCUUCAGACUUACACAUUUGCUUUUACUAAUGUUAGAUUGCUUACGUUCUUGACUUCCUCUGUGAUAUUGUUGCUGGUAAAUCCUUUCCACACCAGAUCACAAAGUGCAAUUGUCUCAUUACUCAUUUUCACGCAUUGACAUUUUUCUGCUGAUAUUCACUUAUUUUUUCUCUGUGCUGUGAUUAGAUUACCACGAGUUGUUGUAACUCUGGUAUGGUUACAUGUUUGUUUUUGUUUUUGUAUAAUAUAUGGAACUGUGAUUGCACGUUUAGUGUGAGAGUAUGUGUGUGCGAGUGAGUGUGUGUGUGUGUUUGAGAGUGUAUACUUUGAGUAUACCAUACAUUUUUAUAACUUUAAGUCAUUUUCUAAGUUUGUGAAAUAUCGAAUCAACAAUAAAAAUGCUAUUGCAACAAAUUAAA